AUGACGGUGCUGGGCCCCGGCUGGGCUGGGCUGGCGGCGCGCACACGGCGGCCAGCCGCUCUCCCCCUCGCUAAGAUGCUGUCCGGGCGGUGGCGGCUGGAAGGCCGGUCCUGGCGCCGGGCCGGCUCCUCGCCCGGCUCCUCCUCGUCCGUGGCGCUGCGAGCCCUCUACGACUACCAGUACGAGGCGGAGGACGGGCGCCAGGUGGCCAUCGCAGAGGGCGAGCGCUUCCUGCUGCUGCACAAGUCCAACGAGGACUGGUGGCAGGUGCGGCGGCUCAGCGAUCCCCGGAGGGCGCGGCCCAUCUUCGUGCCGGCCACCUACGUGGCGGAGGUGGGCCCUUGCGUGGAGGGUGGCCCGUGGCUGAGCGCCACGCUGCUCGCAGCUGCUGGCACCGGGCAGCACCCGUCCCCGGGCCUGCAGCCGCGGUACCGAUCCCUCCAGGACCUGUCCAGCCCCCCAGCCCGGCCUGCCCAGCCUGGCCACCACUCCUGCCACAGCCUGAGCCUGCCGGCCUGGGACCCCAACCCCCAGCUCGGCCCGGCCCACCCCGUCAGCAGGAGCGUCAGCGCCACCGGCCUGGCCCAGAGCCCCGGCAGGGACGCGCCCGCCCCCAGAUGCCAGCAGGAGCGGUGCCCGGAGCCGGUGAGGCAGGGGGUCAGCCCCCCUGGAGUUCCGCCCCCUGGAGCCACCAUGGAGGAGCCCCCGAUUUACUGCAACCUGGAGGAGAUAAAGAGGGUGAGGGGGGAGCCCCCCAACCCCAGCGCCCCCCCACUGCAGGUGCUGGACACCUGGGAGCGCCACCUCGACCCCAGCACCAGCCGCAGCUACUUCUACAACCCGGAGACAGGCGACAAGUCUUGGAAACCUCCGCGGCGCCACCGGGAGAUGAGUUUGGUCCCCGUGGAGGCCCUGAGCCCCGAGCCCCCGGCAGCCGCUGACCCGGGGGAGACGCUGGCGCAGGGUGGGGGCAGCGUCCGGGCCACCCGGCUCGGCUACACCAAAUCCAUGAUCUUGCCGGAGUCCCACGUGCCCAAGGUGUCUCACCGCAGGAAUCGCUCCCAGCACAACUUUGAGGACUGGGUGGGGACCGGUCCACCCUCCACCUCCCCCUCCUCCCCCGGGGACUCCCCCCCUCGCUCCUCCGACUUACCCCAUGAGGUGGAGAAGGCUGGGCACCUGAACAAAACCAAGAUUGCAGAGGGUGGCCGGAAACUCAGGAAGAGCUGGGGCGUCUCCUGGGUGGUGCUGGCUGGGAACAGCCUCGUCUUCUACAAGGAUCUCAAGGGCCCGGCCCCCACCAGCUGGAGACCCGCCAGCAGCAGGCCGGAGAGCAGCGUGGACCUGCGGGGCGCCGUGCUGGAGCGGGCGCGAGACAUGUCCAGCAAGAAGAACGUCAUUCAUCUGCGCACAGUGACUGGCAACGAGUUCCUGCUGCAGUCGGACAGCGAGGCCGAGAUCCAGGACUGGCACCAGACUAUCAAGGGCGUCAUCCGUAGGCUGGACCGGGAGAACCCCCUGGACGAGCCGGGCUAUGUGCUGCGCCGGGCGGGCAGCUCCGAGCUGGGGGACCUGAGCGGGGACGAGGAGGACGAGGGGCUGAGGCCGAAGGACAGCUGGAAAUCCUCCGGCUCCCUCCGCAGCCCGGACAGCACCGAGAGGAAGCGGGUCAAGAGCAAACUCAGGCGCUUCAUCGUCAAACGGCCCCCGCUGCAGAGCCUGCAGGAGAAGGGGCUCAUCCGAGACCAGGUCUUCGGCUGCCGGCUGGACGCCCUGUGCCAGCGGGAGAAGGACAUGGUGCCCCGCUUCGUUCGGCUCUGCGUGGAGGCCGUGGAGAAGAGAGGCCUGGACGUGGACGGGAUCUACCGGGUGAGCGGGAACCUGGCCGUGAUCCAGAAGCUGCGCUUUGCCGUCGACCGGGAGCGGGCAGUGACCUCGGACGGGCGCUACGUCUUCCUGGAGCAGCCGUGCCAAGAGGAGCGGCUGAGCCUGGCUGACCCCGAGUGGGACGACGUCCAUGUGGUGACCGGCGCCCUCAAGCUCUUCUUCCGCGAGCUGCCCGAGCCCCUGGUGCCCUUCGCCCUCUUCGACGCCUUCGUGGCUGCCGUCAAGCUGCCGGCCUACGGCGAGCGGGUGCAGCACCUGGCCGAGCUGGUCCAGAGCCUGCCCCCUCCCAACUACGCCACCCUGCGCUACAUCCUGGCCCACCUCCGCAAGGUGAUGGAGCACGCCGACGCUAACCGCAUGACCCGGCAGAACAUCGGCAUCGUCUUCGGCCCCACGCUGCUGCGGCCGGAGAAGGAGCUGGCCAGCAUGGCCGUGGACAUGGUCCACCAGAACCAGGCCGUGGAGCUGCUGCUCUCCGAGUUCCAGCGCAUCUUCCCGGCCCCCGGCGCCAAAUGA